UGUCAACCGACGCUUCAGAGUCCCCGCUUCCCCUUCCGGCAGGCCUGAAGGCAAAACAGCCACGGGAAUGUCAGGCGCGCCAAACUCGGCGGGAUUCGCAAACCUUGGACUUGCUUUCCUGAAACAAAUCCCGGGCAACCUCCCGCUUCGGGGGAGGGGCGGGCCAAGAGAAAAUUUACACCAAUCAAAAUGGAGAUCUGGAAGAUGUUCAGCCUUACGACCAAUAGCAGGGCUUGACGGUGGGGUCUAGGGUACCGAUUGGCUCUUCUGGUUUAAACCUCGGCGUCUCGGCAGUUGACAACGAGCUGGGCGCCGACGGGUCGUGCGCUUGCGCGAGCUGCGCAACACUAACCGAAACCUGCGGAGCUCCGCCGCCGGCCUGGCAGCUGGACUCUGCGAGCGGACCUCGGCGCGGCGGGUGGUACAGUAGAAGCUAGCCUGACUUAAAGAAUCUUAUCAGUGAUUGCACUUCAUCUCAGAAGUAGAACCUGGAGAUACGAUUUUCUCACUUAAGCAGAUUUAAUGGCAUCUCAAAGACAGCCCUACAGUGUAGAGGAAGCAAUGGAGGAACUUAUGGGACCCAGUGGGCAAAAAUGGACCAGUAUGGAUUCAGAAGAACGAAUGUUAGCAGCUGCUACAGCUUUUACUCGUAUCUGUGCAGGGCAGGGAGAGGGAGAUGCCAGGAAAGAAGCCCAGGCUACCCAAUAUGAUCCCUACAGUAAAGCUUCAAUAACUGCAGGGAAUCGACCUACGCUUCCUGUACAACUGCAGUACCCACAUGUAGAAAGUAGCACUACUUCAGAAAUGGCCUCAGAGGCUUCCCAAAGACUCCGAAAACCAGUGAUGAAGAGAAAGGUGCUUCGUAGGAAACCUGGUGGGGAAGUACUAGUAACAGAUGAGUCUAUUAUUAGUGAAUCAGAGUCUGCUACAGAAAGUGAUAUGGAUCUCUGGGACUUAAGACAAAAGCUAAUGAAUCUGCAGUUCCAGGAAGACAGGGAAUCCUCACUUGCUGAGUCACAAAAAUUUAGUCUGCCAGAAGGAUACCCAGGGAUUUCUCAAGAUCAGCUCAUCUGCUAUCUAAGAAGAGAAGGAGUAGGUUCGCCAACUUAUGAACAAGAUCUGAUUGUUGCCAGCCGACCCAAGUCCUUUAUUCUUCCAAGGCUGGACCAGUUAAACCGAAACCGGGGCAAAAUAGACCGGGUUGCCCGAUAUUUUGAGUACAAACGAGACUGGGACUCAAUUCGGUUACCUGGUGAUCAAAGAAAAGAAUUACGCUGGGGUAUCCGAGAGCAGAUGCUUUAUCGAGAACCCCAAUCCAAACCUCAGCACAUAUAUGUUCCAAACAAUUACCUAGUACCAACUGAAAAGAAAAGAUCUGCCCUUCGUUGGGGUGUUCGUUGUGACCUUGCAAAUGGUGUCAUGCCCAGGAAGCUUCCAUUCUCUCUCUCUCCUUCUUAGUUUUUCUCUCUUCGUCCUUUUCUUUCUCUCCUCACCUUUCUUUUCACAAAUUUGUGUAGGAUAACCUGAUUUGUUAUAUAUCACCUUUUAUUUAAAUAGAAACAACUAACUUGAAAUACUAUGAAACAGUAAAAAUUCACCCAUUAUUGAUCUUUCCUAGGUAUAAAUCACUCUGGUAUCUGAUGCCACACCUAUCAAAUUGUUACUCCCAUAUCCAGCAGUUAAACAGAAAUGAUGCCAAAGAAAACCAGGUGUAGUCAGAUUUUUGUCAGAUUAGAAAGACAAAUCAAUAAGGCACUACUAUUAUUACUUUUUUUAACCUUUGACCAGUUUGAGUUGCUGUUUUUAUUAGUGUGUUUUAAAGUUGCUGGGUGUGAAUUUUAUCUAUUAAAAGUUUCUGAAAAUUCAUCAAGUUGACCUUAUUUUCACUCAAUUCCCAAAGUGUUAUACUUUCAAAUCUGGGUUAUAAUUCUGCUUCUAAUCAUACUUCCAUUCAUACUCUUACCACUAAAGGAAAGGAAUAAAAACCAGCCCUUUACAUUCAAAAUCUGGAAAGAUAAGUAACCAUAACCUCCAGUACUAAAGGAAUACAGUCAAUACAGCUAAUUCUGUUAAAUGUUUUUCAUAGAUAUUCAAUAACAUCUAUAACUAUAUUCAAUAAAUGGCAUACAGAAUUCUAAUUUA